GAGGUUUGAGACCAACAUGGCGACCAAUCAGAUCCUCCAGAAGCAGACAUACCUGAGCAGCUGCCAGAGCGCGAGGCGGGCCGGGUCGCAUUUAAAACCUCUCUCAUCGCACUCAGCAGCUCAUCCAGCAUCAGGACACUUGUCUGCUUCUCUCAGCUUUACUUCUUUUUUUUUUUUUUUUAAAAAAGAGAGAAGCAGCCAUGUUCCUCAGCGCCCACGCGUCGUGUCGCUCCCUCAUCCUGCUCUGUGUCCUCCUGAGGAGCUGCCAGGCCGUGGAAAAUGACGCCACGGAGCGGGUGUUCUCGCACGUGAGUCCCGCUCCGGCCGCGGAGCUGCAGAGCAACGCGUCCCUGAACCGCGCGCGCACCGGAGGGCGAGGACAGGGCGGCGGUGCGGCUGCGCAGGAGCGAGGCGAUCGGAGUCAGAUUGGCUGCAGAGAAUUGAGGUCCACAAAGUACAUCUCAGAUGGCCACUGCACCAGCGUCAACCCCAUUAAGGAGCUGGUGUGCGCAGGCGAGUGUCUCCCAGCUCAGAUGCUGGAGAACUGGAUCGGUGGGUCCCGCGGCAGGAAGUUCUGGGCCCGUCGGAGCAGCAGCCACGACUGGCGCUGCGUCAACGACAAAACCCGCACCCAGCGCAUCCAGCUGGAAUGCCAGGACGGCACCACCAGGACGUACAAGAUCACCGUGGUGACCUCCUGCAAGUGCAAGAGGUUCUCGAGGCAACACAACGAGUCCGGCAGCAAGUUUGAGGACCAAUCCGUGCUGCAGCCGUCGGUCCUCCAAAGACACAAAUCCAAGAGCAAGAAGAGAUUGGGCAAGACCCGGCUGAGGGAGAACUGGCAUGAGACUGAAUCCUAAAAUCUGCAACGUCUUCAGAUUGACUCUAAAAAUAAUCCUCAGGAGGUUUCUCCUUUUGACCUUUGGAAGUUGUGGAUUAUCUUUCUGUGACUUUCAUCUGACUCAUGCAAAGUCAGGUAGCUAAUUUGGAGACUUCAAAGUGGAUUCCCAAAGAUUUUUGAUUUUAAAAAUGUGAACAAAAGUGGAUUGUACAGUCUGGAGAGUUCCAUGUACUAGAACACAUUGUCCCAUAUGGGCUGUGCAUAUUCUGUGUGUUUAUGGAGAUCUGCAUCAAACUAAUGGAAAAACACCUAAACAUCUUUAAAACAUUGACUGUAAAUAGCUGUACAUAUAUGAAAUCCCUACUCACAUUUUGAAAUAUGGCUGUGUUUAUAAGAUUUUACUGUGUAAGAAAUAUGUUUGAUGUAAUAUAUUUUUUGUCGCAAUAUAUCUGGUGAAUUCAUUUGUUUACCAUUUGCAAAAACUUCACUCUUGUCUUUACUUUGUGCAAAAUAAAUCCAACAAUUGAUCACA